AUGGUAAAUUCUAACGUUAUCUAUAAGAGCAAUUUAAAGAAAGGUCACUUGUAUAAGCUAAUGAAUGAGCAUAAACCAGGUAAUCUUAAUGAGUCUCUUGACAUUAGUAGUACUAAUAUUCUCAAACUUCCAGCCGCAAAGCACAACCACAAAGAAUUAUUUACAACGCAUGCUCAUAUACAAACUCAGGAAUAUAACUUACAAAAAAGUUAAGAAAAUCCAUUAAAAGGAGAUCAGAGUAGAAACGAACUUUAACAUUAUAGAAGUAGAUCUUAGAUACAUAAUUCUACAAGCACAUAAAGAGGAAUAAAUCCAAUUUAUCUUUAAAUUAGAGACCAUAAAAUCGCAUAAAAGCUGAAUAACAUAUAAGUAAUGAAAAAUUUCUAAAGUAAAGGAGAUAUUUUGAAAGGAACUGCUUUCGGCCAAGAGAGUAAGACGACUCUAAAUGAAAUUCUCAAUGACUCAGGAAGAAAGAACUUUAGAUUAAGCAUUAAUUUAGCUUCAAAGAUGAAUUUAAAUUUGCUAAAUAAUUAAAAUACAAAUACUCAUGCCUCAGAUCGAAAGAUUACAGAUUAAACUACUCUAACAACCCCUAAAAAUACCUAUUAUUUCACAACUAGGCUAAAUUAAAGUUAAGAGCCGAGAGAGAAUAAUCAUAACGCUAGUCAACUUACUCAGACUUUUGAUCAGUAAAACAGAGAAAGUAAGAGUAUAUUCGGUCCUUAUGUGAAAUUAUAAUAAGAUAUCAAAUAAAAGCGAUAGGAUAUGAUUUUACAGUCUUUUAUUCCUCCUAUUAAUUCAUCUUUAAAGCGUAACUUACAGAAACUAGAGAAAAUUAAUGAGAAAUAUCAGUAAAUAGAUAUAGGAGUCUAAAUGAACGAAAGCAGAUAAAAACUGAAAAAAUCAAUGCUCUUGGAGUAAAGUUACCAAUUCAAGAGACGAAAUAACAAAUAGCAAAAUAAUAUUUAUAGCACUAAUGAUGAAGCAAGGUAUGUGAGUCACUAAAAGCACAAUUAAAAUUAUGAUUUCAAUUUAUGA